GGGGCUUUGGGAGCGUCCACAAAGUAUACAAGUCUCCCGCAUCCUGCAUCCCAAACACCGACCAGCACGCACAAAAAUCCAAAUGGCUUUGCAAUACUCGGAUGAGCCCCUAGAUCUGCAGUUGUUCAGAGACGACGAUGACGAAGAAGACGUGCUCUACAAGAAAAGACUCUUCGCAUUGAUGAAUGGCAAUGUCACACCGUCCGAGGCCGCUGCUGCCUUUGACGCCUGGGUCGUCGACGAAGCCAACACGCGACUCAAAGAGCUCAUGAAGCGGCCUGAUCCAAGGAACCUGACGUCUGAAGAUGAAGAGCGGGGUAUCGUUAGCAUGCGCGCCAUCGCGCCCAAUCCCAGCGGCAACAUCGAGCUGGUCUUUCCGUCGAUCGCCAAGCUGUGUUCGGCCUUUCCGCCGCAUCAUCCCGGACAAGACAGGAUCAUCCAGUUUCUUGAGGCGCUGAGAGCGAUGCCGGAGCACCAAGUCCCCGAAGGCGUUCCUGCAGAAGACCGCAAUGAUCAUUAUGAGAUGACUACAUUGUGGCCAUUUGGGGGAAACUGGAUGGCCUUGGCUGAAGUGUUCCGCAGGGAAGCAUAUGAGUAUUCGUACCCCUAUUCUGACAUCGAGACUCCAGGGAGCGAAACUCAGCUUCGCUGGCGCAACUGGCAAUCUGCCAUCGCGCGCAUUACCACCUCAGGCCUCAUAGACUGUGGCUUUCUCUGUGCCCUGGGUGACAUUCUACCCUCCAGCAACAACUAUCCUGACUUGGAGAAGCGCAAAAUCGGCGGACCGAACCGAGUGAGCGGAGAUGUGAUUGCGGGGGCGCAGUGGAUUAUAUGGCCAGACGAGGGUCGGUUCGUGUACGAGCAAUGCAAAAAGGUGGACAAGGUGGAUGGUCCUAGGACGAUGUGGAGUAUGGAGAGAUGGGGGAUGUGGAAGGACCAGUUGGCGUUUGUCGCUGGGGAUGAGAGAUUCAAUUCGGAAGCUCGGCUUGUGGCUAAGUUGGCGGGUCAGCGCAUGGUAGCGAUUGAGGGGGAGACCUAAGACUAGGUACACAGGAUUCUCAUUCUGAUGUUCCACUUUUGCAAUGUACAGCAGCUCACCACUCCUUUUCCUAACUAUUUACUCUUAGAUAACUUUUGCCCCAUAGCUUUGAAAUUUUGUAAACACUGCAAGAUUAUUGUACUACCUGUAGAUGCUAAUGCAAUUAAAAUUGAUGAUGAUGACUUCUC